AUGGGGGGAAAAAACAUGCAUGCCGCAGAGCCCCGCGCACGCGUGUCCUCCCUCGACGGACUUCUCUACGACAUCGCCGGAUAUCUGCCGUCGCAUCCGUUGGCUUUCCUCGCGGCCGCCCCCGCCACACGGCAUGCAGUGGAGCGUGUCGUUUGUGACCCGCUGCUUCGAAGCGCGGCGACGCAGUGGGGCGGCACGAGCCACCCGGAGGGGGAGGUGUGGCUGCCCCACACUGGCGCCCUGUGCGGGCAACUGACAAACCUGAAGUACACGCUGUGGUGGAUUCGGCGGCAGGCAGGCGUCAAUGGCGGCAAACUGGCAGCUCUCUUUUUUGCGUAUCGUUGCUCUAUCGGAGACCUCACCGAAGUGAAGAAUUUUUGCGGCCUUCGCUGCCUGUUUAUCCCAGAGGCCACGCUGCUUAACAAAACACUCUCCCCCCUUGCAGCCUGCGCCACCUUGGAGCACCUCUGGCUGCGCUCCUGCCGCAGUGUGACGCGGGUGGGGGCACUGGGGCACCUUCGCUCGCUGAAGAGUCUUGACUUGUCCAAGACGGGGGUCACCGACGACGCUCUACUGGCGCUCGCUGCCUGCCCCUUGCUGGAGAAGGUGGACCUCUCCGGCUGCGCCUUCAUUUGUGCUAUUCCCUUUAUGCAGGGCAUGACACGCCUCCGCGUGCUGAAGCUGCGCAACUCGGGCAUCACAGAUCGUGCCAUCGCGGUCGUUGGCACCGCCAUCGCGCUCACUCACCUGGACCUCGCUGGCUGCUUUCUCGUCACUUCCCUCAACCCUCUGGGCCUCCUCAGCAGGCUUGAGUGGCUGAACGCCUCCUGGUGCGGCGUGCGUGACGGAGGCUUAGAGGGUCUCUCCCGUUGCGAAAACUUGGAGUAUUUAAGUCUCUCACGCUGUUGGGACUUUUGCGGCGUAAACGCGCUCUGCGGACUUCCAAAACUGCAGGUGCUUGACCUUCGUGGCACAAACGUGGACGGGGAAGGCGUCGCGGGACUCGCGCGAUGUCUGUCGCUGAGUAUAUUGAACCUCAGUGGCUGUUUCUGCAUCCACUCCGUCAGUGUGUUCGCAGCGAUGCCAAGCCUCAAGGAGAUUGACGUGUCCUACACUGCUGUGACGGAGGAGAGCCUCCGCCGGCUGCCCAGCUGGGUACGCGUUGUGAGGAAGCCUGUCCGCGUUCCGUCGUGCAGUGCCUCACUGGCCCAUUUGGAGACCCCGCGGCACCCGCGCGUUCGGUGA